AUGGAGAGGAUGGCCGAUUUCCACUUCACGCAACAGAAAUUGGACAAUGACCUUGUCUGGUCCAUUUCUACUCUUCUUGACUCAAUAGGUGUUCCAAACCUCCUUUGGGGCAACUAUCUGCUCACUGUUUAUGGAGUGCCCACGAUUGUGGAUGAAGCCGCUUUCGUUGUUCCAGAUGAUCUCGCCCAGGCCGUGUUCUCUUCACUUAUGAACGCUGGGUUUCUACCUUGCAACGAAAGCUCGGGCUGCCCGCACUCUGGUACUUUCGGAGUCCCCACAAUAUUUAGGCACCUACAUAUUAAUGAUGAGCUUGCAGUCUCGCUUUAUCAAAAAUCUGAUGUCCUAUGGGAGUUUGAAGACCUUGACUUGUUGCCUGAUGAAAACCCAGAUAUCAUGCUUGCCUCGGAUGACCGACUCCCGUCAGCAUCUCUAGGCCGUGGCCGAGGGCGUUUCUUGUCACAUCCUUGUGCUGUGAAGAUUCCCUGUGCUAUGAGUUAUUGUGAGGCUCUGAUUCUGUUACUUUGCCGUGACCGGGACUCUAUUUGCGAGAGUUAUUGGUUGGCUAUUCUGAGCUAUAUGCUGGAGUAUGUUGAUGGUACGGAUAUCUUGGACGAAAACAAGCUGCAAGAAGGCUAUAGGAAGUUUUACCAUGCUAUCAAACUGGGAGAUCCUGCGAUUUAUUCGACACUAAAUGAGCUCCGACUUAGUUUGAUCGAAGAACGUCGCCUCCCAGUGAAAAUUUACUAG